ACCGUUCUAAUGGUAACUUUAUCUUGCCCCAGCAUAUGUUUUUAUGGGGGGAAAAAAAUAAUUCAGCUCCACCUAUUUAGCCAUUAGAGAAUUUUUGUUUUUCAAAUUCACAUUUAAUUUAUUCCUUUGUUCACUAUGCCUUUGGGAAUGUUGCGGAUGAAUUGAGGGGGUCAGUACGUAGCACUGGUUAGUUAAUUCUACAAUUGGGACUUUUUUCUUCUGAAUUAAAAAGCUAUUCACCACCUACAAGUGAUUUGAUCAGUUUUGCGCUUUUAGUGACAGACUGGUCAACCUGAUGUUUGUGACUGACGUUUUUCAGAAGUGAUGGCUAUGCAGCAGGACAAAAAACACCAGCCAGAUGGGCAUGAGGAAGCCCCAGAUGGAGGUUGGGGCUGGGUGGUGGUUUUUGUACUCUUCAUGGUUUCAGCCUUAGUUUUUGGGCUCAUUCGCAGUCUGGGGGUUUUCUUUGUGGAGUUUGUGCAGUACUUUGAGGAAAGCGCUCAGGCUGUUUCCUGGAUAACUUCCAUAGGAGUGGCCAUGCAGCAGUUACUGAGUCCCGUAGGCACUGCUGCUUGUAAUGCAUAUGGGGCUCGUCCUGUUGUUAUGAUGGGAGGCUUUCUUUCUGGACUAGGAUUCAUUCUGGCUUCUCAGGCUACAACGCUCACACACCUCUACCUGACCAUGGGACUCAUUUCAGGGUCAGGCUGGGCUCUAGUCUUCACCCCUACAAUAGCCUCUGUGAUGCAGUAUUUCAGCACACGCCGUUCUCUAGCUAUGGGUCUUGGCUUCACAGGUGUUGGUUUAUCCUCCUUUGCAUUUUCUCCAUUUUUUCAAUACCUGGUACAGGUGUAUGGGUGGCGUGGAGCACUCCUGAUUCUCGGCGGUCUCAGCCUAAACAUUGUGGCCAGCGGUGCCCUUAUUCGACCACUCAGACCCAGUAAAGUUUUAGAAAAGAGUAAAAGUGACGGCUGUAUGCCUUUCAUUUCCCGUACCUCAGAGUAUUUUGAGCUGUCGCUGCUCAUGCACAGAGGCUUCCUCACCUACAGCUUGGCCGUCACAUGCUUCAAUGCUGGGUACUUUAUUCCAUAUGUCCACCUUGUGGCACACAGCCGCCUUGUGGGCUUCAGCGAAUUCCAGGCUGCAUUUGUCAUUUCCAGCACGGGUGUGACAGACAUUUUGGGGCGUGUAGUGUCUGGCUGGGUCUCAGAUUUGCCCUGUGUGCGCUCGCUCCACCUACUGACAAUAUGGACGGCCUUAGUGGGGCUGUUCCUCCUGCUGCUGCCCCUCUGCUCAAUGCAAGGGAACUAUGGUGGUCUGCUGGCAGUCAGCCUGGCAUAUGGCUUCUCUGCCGGUGCUAUGACCCCACUGGUGUUUUCGGUGGUGCCAGAGAUUGUGGGUAUGGAACGCAUGGUUGGUGCACUUGGACUCCUUCAGCUUAUUGAGAGCAUCGGAGGCCUCCUUGGAGCGCCACUGUCAGGCUGGUUAAGGGACAUCACAGGUUCUUACAUAUGGUCCUUUGUGCUAGCCAGUGGAUUUCUCCUUGCAGGUACCAUAAUAACAGUGCUUCUUCCCAAUUUCUGCUCCUGUACUGACCCCCCACCCCUAUCACCAAAGAGGAAGACCAAAAAUGAGUUCACAGAAGAUGAGUUACUCAAGAAGGUUUUAUCCUCAGACUCUACAGAGAAUAUUCAAAACACUGGCAGUAUAGAAACACUCCCAUCUCAGUACCACAUAGAACCUGGUUUGGACGUGGAAGGCACACCUGUAAGAGUAGACUGGACAAAAGAUGGGGCUACUUGCUGAUUGGAGCAGCAGUAUGAGCUUGCCACGGGAAUUAUAUUGACCAAGGAUACUGAUUUUAUGCUGCUUAUUCUUUUGCUGUCAAAACAAAAACUAAUUGUGACACAUUUAUAGUCAAAAACAGUCAGUAGCAGGUAAAUGUGCACUAGUCAGCAAGAACGUCAUCAAAAAUGUAUACCACCUUAGUUACAUAGGAAUAAUAAUCAAGCAAGAAAACUGCUCCAGUUUUAAGGGCAGACAGACUUGUCUUGGUGGAAACUUUAUAAUUCUUAUUUUUUGAAUUUAUUAAUUCUUAUUUUUUUCACAAUGAUCAUAGAAUCCACAAUAAACAUGGACCAAAUCACAUUUCCCCCAAAUUAUUGAUUUGCUGGCAGAUUAUUGGACAUAUCGCUGAACAUUUCUCACUAAACUGAUUUGUCCAGCCAGAGUCAGUCUGUAACACACAUGCCAUUGUUCUGUACAGCAAAAGAGUAGAUCAUGUGCCAACAUUUGUUCUGCAUUUGGAAAUGUUCUGCAUUUAAUGCACAGUAGACUCUGUUACAAAGAGAAAGACUGAAAUGCUACAGUACACCGGUGGUUCCACGAAGCAGGCCAGAGAUCAGCUGCAUGGGGCCUGUUCUUGUGUAGUAAUUGUGGUCACUGAGCUCCAUUAUGCACUUCAGCCUUUGAAGUUAUCUACUCACACAGAUAGAUGUGUUUUUUAUGUUAGUAUCUAUUUUGAAGAAGAAUUUGCAGCACUGCAUGUUUCAGUAGCUUGCUACCAGAGUAGACUGGACCAGCAUCAGGAAGACAUAUUUUUUCACAGCAUAAAAGACAAAUAUUUUUACACAGUGUAAUUGUUUAAUUCUGAAUGUCCUGUUCAGUACUCGCAGAAAUCACAUCUGAAUGUAUCAGCAUACAUUUGCACUAUAUUUUCAAACUGAAACCUUUUUAUUUGCUGUCAACUUGAAAAAAGAAAUGCUGCAUUUUUGGUCAGAACUUGAGGCAUGUAGACAUGCUGUGAAGAUGACCUUUACCCUGGCAUUAGCAGAGGCACGUUCAGGGGAGAGUCUAUAGCUGUGCAACUACAGAAUUUAUUUCUUCUUUCUAAUAAGACUUUGCAAAUUCCUAUUCUAUAAUAACAUGCAUUUUAUUACAUACACAUUAUGCUGAUUUACUUUAGGUUUUGUUUUGUAAAAUGAAAUAUUUCUAUCCUUUGGUCAGAUGGUGGAGUAUAUUUACUUUGCCUAAGAAGUACAUCAUGGUGUGUUGGAUUAUUGUUUGAGCUUUUUUACAUUACCCAGUUGGCUUGAUAAGAAAGACAUUUAACAUAGAAGUUUCAUGGCAUGAUGGUCUUUUAAGGACACUUAAAUUGUGGCAUUAUAGAAAUGUUCAAAGCUUUUUUUUCCAGUUAGGAGUAUUCUACAAAAACAGGAAAAAUACAAAAUAUAUGCUGAUGGUUUGGGUUAUAAAUAAGGUUUAAAUGUGCAUUUGGUUUAACCUGAACAAUUACAAUUACUUAAUCAUUAAACACUUCAAGAGUAUUAAUCAUUUUGACCACCUUAACAUCCCUUUGGACCACUGAUAUUGCUUAAAGAUGAACAGAUGAAGCUUUUUCUAGUUGGGCGUCUUAUUCAACCUUAUAAAAAACUUUGGUUAGAUACAUGAGUACACUUGUACAUAUUUAGCCAGACACACUUGUUACUGGUAUUUUACGUUAGUGGAUGAGAAAAGUCUGUAACUCAUUGAACAUUACUCCAGCUUCUCUGAAGUCACUGUGACAAAUCUGCUCAUCAAAUUAAUCAUUAAGUGUGCUGAAUGACCAAGCGAAGCUAAGCUGAUUAUAUUUCAGCAGUUAGUCUCAGAGUCCAUGCACAUUAUAUUUUACUAUCCUAUGUCUUACUAUUUAUUGUCUUACUAUUUAUUGUCCAUGAUUUAAAAAAGACAAGGUUAUUUAUAUAGUAUAAAGGGACUGGAUUCUAUCAGAUCAGAGUCCACUUCUGGUGUGCAUCCUAAGAACAUUUUAACGGUGUCAUUUCUUUUGCUUUGAGUAUUUAAUAAUGAACAUAUGAGCAAUAAUCCACUCCAUUGAUUAGCACAUACUGCAAAUCAGCACAUAUAGAAGCUGAGUAAAAUAAACAUGGCUGUAUCACGAACACAUACCGAAACCUCUGGCUUAAAAAAAUAAAUCAUAAACUUCUUCGAUGAUCACUGUUGCAAUGUGCAUGCUUGCUGCUAUUGUUAUAGCAGGAGUAUAUUUAAUUUGUUGUAAAUCCUUACUUUUUAGUAUUAUUCAGUAUAUUAUCAUUUGGAUUUGAAAGUUUUUCUGUGCAUUACUAGCUAAUGAAUUAGGAUUCAUUUGUUGUCUUUUUUUUUUUAAGAGUUUCAUUAAACAAACUUCAGAGAGCAUGGAAUUCAGUUGAUGUUUAAAAUAGCCGAGUGGUUUCAUCCCUGGCUGAUGAUGAUGUCAUGUGCUGCUGCUUUGGAUUAAUUUGUGUUUAUUUCUAAGAUCAUGACUACACUUGAUUACUGUUUUAAAAGUUUCAUAAAAGUUUCAUAAUUUAAA